AUGACUGACAACAUAAUGUUGUCCACUUCUCCUGAUCAUCCUUUAACUCACUGGAAGCAAACACUGUUUUAUCUGCCUGAAGGAAUAGAAGUUUAGAAAGACGGGAAGAUUGCUGGUAAAGUAUUUGUGGGACACCAGAAGGAAAAUCCCCGGGCUUUGUGGUUCCCUAUUUCCUACAAAGCCCAAACGAUGAAGAAGUCAAGGUCACAAAGCUAUAAGGAUUAUGAAGUGAUAAGAUACAUGAAUGCAAAGGAGCUCGAAGAACUUGAGCUCAUGCCAAUACUUAACUAGCCAUAUUACUAAAACCAACUAGCCAUUGAGAAACUUGAGAAAGACUUUGAGUGGGGUUGGGAUUGGUAAAGACUUGAUAGAGUUUUCAACUAGUUGCAGCUAAAUAACUUGCUAAUGAGGUCUCUUGGAUGCUGUAAAUGCAAUUAGCAAAUGUUUGAUUCUCACACAAGAAUCGAUAGAGGUAGAAUUGUCCUACAUAGAGUUCCUAACACUGUCUCGCCAUAAGUUACCCUGAUGGACGAAACUAUCAUUGGUAGACUGAAGAAGGAUAGUGAGAUUUCUAAGCACUUUUUGAAAGAAGAGAUGUCAACUGUAAGCAUGGACCCCAUCUGGAUUUACGAUGGUGGCCAGUGGUAGAUGGCAAAAGUGGGCAAUGAUCAUUAAUGUUUAAAAAAUUAAAGUUAAGUCAGUUCUUCCUACUAGGAAGGUUUAAACAUUGCCACUCCCCCAUGCUCAUUAGUUGCCCAUCGUUGA